UUUCAGAAAUGACCUUUUGGUAAACAUAAUCAAAGUUGCAGAGGCAAGCGGUAAUGGGGAUCAAGAGAGCGAGGUGGCGCAAAGAGCGGUGCUACCACAUUGAGAGCAUGAUGUCCUUCAUCUCUUCACCUCUCCUUCCCCUCAACUCUAUCAUCCAUUCCUCUAACUACCCUCACUCAUUCUCCGAUCGUUACUAGCUGUUAUGAAAGCCGGCGGGCCUAUAACAUUCACGGGCUGACUACGGACAACCCCAGUGCUCGCUCGCUCGUCAUCCAUGAACUUACAGACUGCAAACAUCCUCAACGCCGGCAACUGAGCAACAAACAACACUCGCCGUGGUCAGAACAAGAGGCGAUCGAAGGCCGACAGCACUGUCAUCGCCGAAACACAUUUACCUCAGUCUCCGCCGCCUCGACCCGCCCAUCAACCUACCCGUGAUUGGUCAUCCCCCUCCCCAGAGCAUCGAUCUAUUGGCUGCAAGGAAAGCCGAUCAAGUGAUGGCGGACCGGAGUGAGAUGAGGAUAGUUGAUGGCGGGUUGGCGACGGAGCUCGAAGCUGCGGGGCUGAACAUACAGGGUGAUCCAUUAUGGAGUGCCAGAAUAUUGCAAACAAAUCCACAAGCUAUCAAAAAUGUGCAUGCAAGUUACCUUUGGCAUGGAGCUAAUGUCAUCACUACAGCCACAUACCAGGCGAGUGUGGUAGGAUUUAUGAAGUACCUUGGUUUGACACCAGAGGAGGCAGACCAGCUUUUGCAGUCAGGAGUACAGCUUGCCAAAGAGGUCAUUGCUGAGUUUCUGGCAGAAUCCGGAAGCGUGGAGAGGCAAAAGCCCCUCAUUGCAGGAUCCAUUGGACCCUAUGGAGCAUUUUUACAUGAUGGUUCUGAAUAUUCAGGAAUCUAUGUUGAACACAUGUCUAAAGAGGAAUUAAAGAAUUGGCAUCGACCGCAGAUGCAGUCCUUAAUAACAGCAGGAGUGGAUCUCAUUGCAAUGGAAACAAUUCCGAGUCAAAAAGAAGGAGAAGCUCUGGUGGAACUUCUUAGAGAAUUCCCAAACAGCAAAGGCUGGCUGGCAUUUUCCUGUAAGGAUGAGCAAUGUAUUUCCCAUGGAGAGAAGUUUGCUGAUGCUGUGAAAUUUCCUGUCGAUUCUGAUCAGUUGGUGGCAGUAGGAUUAAACUGCUGCUCGCCUGAUGUAGUUGGUCCUGUCCUUGCCACUGUUGAACAAAAUAAACGUCCAAAAGGUGGAUGGAUUGUAUAUCCAAACAGUGGAGAAGAAUGGAAUCCUAAUAAGGGCUGGAUAAGUGGUCCAGUCAAAAGUAAACUAGCAAAACUUGCAUUGGAAUGGAAAGAACAUGGCGCUAAAUGGAUUGAUUGUGGAUGUGGUUAACAGACUUUCAUUCACUGCAGUCAUCUCUAGUGCCUCACUCAUCGAUACAUGUGAGUAGCUCGUGAGUGCUGAACUGAACUAUCAGGUUGUAGGUGCAGCGUAGCCAUUCUCCAAGAUUGUUCUUGAUGGUGAAGUUUCCAACAGGGAUCGUUGAAGAGUAAUGAGGAAUAAGAUCCUAAUUGUUUGUCUCCUUGCCAUCCUAGGAAGAGUGGAGCCAGUUAUACACCAUGAUCAGAUAAUAAUUGUUACAAUAAUCUUAAUUGUUAUAAUAGUUAAAUGGUUUGUAUUUUAUGUGCAAUAAUACUAUUUCUUUAUGAUCCUGGCAAGUAAUUUAAAUCAUCUAACAUGAUGUAAUAUUUAUCUUUAUGUUGGUUGAAUAAUGUUACUAUUAUAAUGUUCAAUAAUAUUGAGGAACAUUACUAAUUGUACUUAUAAAAUAAAAAUUAUAGGUGGCUGUUGUCGAACAACUCCAGCUGAAAUAGCUGAGCUACGAAGUACACUGAAACCGAAUUUGUCACUUAAUUGAGCUUCAAGUAUUGCCAGUACACCUACCUCUGAACAUCUAUAUCAACCAUUAUAAAAAUCUUAUUAAAACCUGCUUAAAUAAUAAAUU